GUUUGAUCAUUUGAAUUUAUUAUUAUUUUAUUGAUUAUAUAAAGAAAUAUGUUUAACUCAUAAAUUAAUUACAUUUAGAUUAUAAUUUAAUACUAUUGAGAUAUUCUUUACUUUAAGAUAAAUUUCGUAAAAGAAUUAUAAUAUAACAAAUUACACUAAUAACAUUGAAUUACAAAACAAGAAUAAUAUUAAAAUAAUUUCAUUAUCUAAAAUACAUCAUAAAAGCUAACUAUGAAGAGUAAGUUAGCUUUACAAUUGAGAAACACAAAAACUUCUAUACCCAAAAAAUGAAGAAAGUGUUCCUUAACUUUAUGCUAUUGUCUUUUCUUCUUGAUGUUGCCUUCCAUCUUGCAAAUGGAGCCGAGGUGAACCAUCAAGCGCAAUGUGACUCAGACCUUGAGUGUUACACCAUGCGUAGUUGUCUAACAGGUCCAGGAUAUUGCGACAAUGGAGUUUGCAAGUGUCCUAAAUUACAAGUUGUGGAUACAAAUGGAGCGGUUGUGAAUCAUCUAGGGCAAUGUGACACUGAUCUUGAGUGCUAUACCAUGCAUUGUGACAGAGGUGACGGUUAUUGCGAUCACAGCAACGUCGAUGGAGUUUGCAAGUGUCCUAAAACAUGCACCUCAAACCCUGAGUGCUCUGGCAUGGGUUGUGACACAGGUCGAGGAUAUUGCAACAACGGAGCUUGUAAGUGUCCUAAAUUACAAGCAGCGGAGACGAAGAAACACACAAAUGGAGUCGAUCUGAAUCAUCUAGGGCAAUGUGACACUGACCUUGAAUGCUAUACUAUGCCUAGUUGUAACAGAGGUAAUGGUUAUUGCGAUCAGAAAGACGGAAAGUGUAAGUGUCCUAAAUAGAGACACAAAUAAACAUGAGUAGAGCAUAUAUGAGUCUUAUGUUCCCGACUUAAAGCAAUUUGUAUCAAACUGCCCAAGUAAGAUAUAUGUAUCCCAAAAGAUUAUAAAUAUAUUAUUAAAAGACUAA